UAUUUUUUUUUUCCCAAAAAAAGUGAAAUUUCAAAGAAAAAUCGCUCCCCAGCUGUUUCUACUUCGAGAACUGAAUCGGCGGCCGAUGACGGAGCCCGCAACGUCACACCCUGCUUACGGGACAGAGAUGAAUGGAGAACACGAGGAAAAAACUGAAGCACAAAAUUCUCCAUCUAAUUCGCAGCAAACAGUUUCUGAUGAUGAUGAAAUAGACUACUCUAUCAAACCUGAAUUUUAUGAUCCCAAACUUGAUGACAAGGAUGAAUUAUGGGCCCAAAAGAAAAGAAAAGGCCACAUUUCUGAUGCUGUGCUCAGCUGCCCGGCUUGCUUUACUACCCUUUGUCUAGAUUGCCAAAGGCAUGAAAAAUAUGUGACCCAGUACCGCGCAAUUUUUGUAGUGAACUGCAAGAUUACAAGUGAGAAAUUGUCAGAACCAGGUAAUAAGCGAAAACGGAACAAAAGAGGGUCUCAGAAAGAAACUGGUUCUGUUGCUGCUGAAACAUUUAAACGGGUUUGCUGUUCAGUCUGUUCAACAGACGUGGGAGUAAUCGACGAGGAGGAAGUUUAUCAUUUCUUGAAUGUUCUUCCAAGUGAGGCUUGAUUAAUUUUUUCAGUUGAAUCACUGUCCUAUGAACCUUAUUUUCGUAUGCCUUUCAAUAAGAAUUUUAGUUAUUUUGGAGGGAA